AUGGUCUCCUUCUCAUCCCUUCUCCUUGCGUGCUCAGCCGUCACGGCUUUCGCUGCUCCUUCUGACCAGAGUAUCGCUGAGCGAUCUCUGUCCGAGCGUUCUACUCCCAGCUCCACUGGUACAAGUGGUGGCUACUACUACUCCUUCUGGACUGAUGGUGGCGGUGACGUGACCUACACCAACGGCGAUGGUGGCUCCUACACUGUCGAAUGGACCAACGUGGGCAACUUUGUCGGCGGAAAGGGAUGGAACCCAGGCAGCUCUCAGACCAUCUCCUACUCCGGCUCCUUUAACCCUAGCGGUAACGGCUACCUCUCCGUCUAUGGGUGGACCCAGAACCCGCUGAUCGAGUACUACAUUGUCGAGUCCUACGGCGAUUACAACCCAGGCACGGCAGGAACACACCAGGGAACUCUCGAGUCGGACGGCUCGACCUACGAUAUCUACACUGCGACUCGUGAGAACGCACCCUCAAUUGAGGGUACUGCCACCUUCACGCAGUUCUGGUCUGUUCGCCAGAGCAAGCGCACCUCGGGCAGCGUUACCACCCAGAACCACUUUGACGCAUGGUCGCAGCUUGGCAUGACUCUUGGAACUCACAACUACCAGAUUGUGGCUGUUGAGGGAUACCAGAGCAGUGGAUCUGCUUCUAUUACCGUUUCCUAA